GUACUCAGUCCAUGGGAAUCGCUAGAACCAUUCGCAGUUUCAGGGGCAGAGGUAUUGGAUGUUAUUACUUAAACCUGCCGGAAAAUGCGAGUUUUCCUGCUAUAUUCUAUAUAUCUGCUGCUGGUACUGUCGCCUUCAUUGGUUCAAGGCCAAGGUCAUGUGCUGGAUAAACCCGUAACGGAGCUGUGUCUCACCUGCAUUUGUGAGGCCAUCAGUGGCUGCAAUGCCACAGCGAUUUGCACCAGUCCGGAAAAGGGAACCUGCGGCAUAUUCCGCAUCACCUGGGGAUACUGGGUGGAUGCUGGCAAGCUGACGGUUAAUGGAGAGCAUCCCGAUUCGGAAAAGGCCUUCAUCAACUGCGCCAAUGAUCCGCACUGUGCCGCCGACUUGGUGCAAAACUAUAUGAAGAAGUUCAAUCAGGAUUGCAACGAUGAUGGCGAGAUGGAUUGCCACGAUUAUGCUCGAAUCCAUAAACUGGGGGCUUAUGGCUGCCAAGCGGAUAUGCCCUACAAAUUCCAGAGUGUGUUCGAGGAGUGCAUCGAGAAGUACGAGGAUGAGGGAUUUCAGUAAAUAAAAAAUAAACAAUAUAUAUAUAU